UCAGAAUAUAGCUCUGAAUUUACUGUAGUGAGGCCAGCGACGGGGAAAAGAUGUUGAUUUGGUAAUAAAAUAUCCACACAAAGACAUGAAACUGAAGCGUUGAUGGAGUAAGUCAGAUGACAGAAGGGAAAGGCUGAGAUGUGAAGGACAGUGGACAGCUUCCUGAAGGCGGAUUAGAGGAAAAGUGUUGAUGCCGGGGUAAAAGGUUGUGCUGCUUCAACACAGUUUCCGAGAAGCUCAUGUGAGUAGGUGAGAACUGCUGGCUGAAGCGACACUUCGCCCUCCUCAGCUCGCCACACCGGCUUCUCCAAUCUGCAGGCUUGUGUUAGAAAGGACUGGACAUUCCUCUUUCCCCGUGGUUUUGCAUGAAUACUGCGUGUGACAUGGAGCAUCUGGAGUGUCCCAUAUGCCUGUUUCUUCUGUGGGAACCAGUGACGAUGACUUGCGGUCACUCGUUCUGCCGCCAGUGCAUUAUGGGAAUCUGUGUGCCGUCCAGAUGCCCAGUCUGCAUGGAGAGGCUAAAGCCGAGGGACGCAAAAAACAUCAAAAACAACGUUUUGCUCUUCUCUAUAACAGAGAAAUAUUGCCCUGAGGAAACCAAGACGAGGUGCGAAAUCCAGGAGAGGCUGAGGGCUCGCGACUUUCCCACAGCACUGAGUAUGGCAGAAGACAGGAUAGAGGCAGUUCCUGAUGAUUUGAGUCUGAAAGCAUGGAGGGCAGAGGCCAACGUAGGGCUCCGGCGCUUUUCUGAAGCUCUCCGUGACCUGGAAGAUUUGUGCUGUGCCAGGCCUAACUGGGCUGAGGCUUUCUUCCGAAAAGGGAAUGUGCUGCUGGAGAUGGGGAGACUGACGGAAGCUCUCAUGCAGUUCCAUCACUGCCUAAAACAACAGCCUGAAUUUGCUGCCGCUAAGAACCAGAUUAGGAAGAUCUUGGAGAUGGAGGGUAUGGCCAUACCAGAGGAGGUGCCUCAGAUCCUGCAAAUAGUGGAUGACUAUCUUAAAGACUGCAGUUCUCAAACUAAUACUUUUAGUUCUACACCUACUGAGGGCCUGAAGUUACACUGGAGCCAACUAGAUGAGAAGUUUAACUGUGAGCAGCAGUCUACAUCUCAAGUCAAGCACAACUCCAGUGCUGAGUGCUGCUUGAGCCUGUGCCAGUCUGCGUCUUUCCUUUCCAUAGCCCAGGAGAGUGAGGAGCUGAUGGUAAAGAAGGAGGAUAUACAGAUGAGAGUGGACCGGGAGAUGUCCCCGCUGACUGUGUCUGACUUUGAGUGCCCCCUCUGCAUCAGGCUGUUCUAUGAUCCGGUUACAACCCCAUGUGGCCACACAUUCUGCAAGAACUGUAUUGAGAGAAGUCUUGACCAUAAUCUCCGCUGUCCACUCUGUAAACAAGCACUACAGGAAUAUUUCAAGAAUAGGAAGUACAACCCCACGGUUCUGCUGCAGGAGAUUAUGACCCGCCUCUUCCCCCAGCAGCUGGCUGAGAGGAAACAGGUGCAUGAUGCUGAGAUGGCUGAGCUUUCCAAUCUGACCAAAGACAUCCCAAUCUUUGUGUGUACUGUGGCCUACCCUGGUAUCCCAUGCCCACUGCAUGUUUUUGAGCCACGCUACAGGCUGAUGAUGCGCCGAUGUAUAGAGACUGGCACUAAGAAAUUUGGCAUGUGCAGCUAUGAGCAUGGCAAAGGGUUUGCAGAUUAUGGCUGCAUGCUGGAGAUUCUGGACCAGAAUGUGCUCCCUGAUGGCCGCUCUUAUGUGGACACAGUGGGAGGAAGCCGUUUCCGUGUGCUCCGGAGAGGCCAGAGGGAUGGCUACCACACAGCUGAUAUUGAGUACCUGCAAGACCAUAAGGCACAUGAUGCUGAGCUUGAAAUGCUGCAACGCCUCCAUGACAGUGUGUAUCAGCAGGCCAGGGAGUGGUACCAACGGCUCAACAGCCACAUCCGGGAGCAGAUCAACCACCAGUAUGGGGCCAUGCCUGAGAGAGAGGAUAACAUUCAGGCAUCUGCUGAUGGUCCGGCCUGGUGCUGGUGGCUGUUAUCAGUGCUCCAGUUAGAUCCAGCCUACCAGACAACAGUUCUGUCCCUUACCUCUCUGAAGGACCGAUUAGGACAUCUGCGGAUCGUAUUGGAGUACUUUUCUCAGAGAUAGGACACACACACACACACACACACACACACACAUACACACACACGCCUUUGUGUCCUUCUUACACUGCCUUAGAGAAAGAGCACAUUUUUGCUGUACUGGUAAUUAUAUGUGCAAUUGAUUUGGGUAUGUUGUAUAUUGAGUCUCCAAAUACAAUGUAUUGAUUUGCUUCUGUCGUUGUUUAGCUGAGCAUUAAAUUUAGAAACACAGAUAAUUCAGGCUAGAGGCACGCACAGGGAUUGGGAUCCCACAAAUCAUGUGAAUGAGCUUUUUUUUUUUUUUUUUUUUUACCUUUAUGUGGGUAGUCAGAUAUGAAGCUUGCAGGACAAAGAAAGGCCAUGCUGAUUAUUAGCAUAUUGAGUUUUAGCAUGGCAUUUGUUUAUUUUUAGGGUAAAAUGAUGUUAAUUACAAGUUUAAUUAAAUAAAAUGAAGUUUUAAAUUACAAAAUAUUGUGAGCAGGUGCAAAAAAGAAAUAUUGCAGACAAUAAUAAUAAUUGCAGGAGUGGGCUUUAUUGGUCAGAAUUUCUUCAGGAGACAGCGGGAGUGGGAUUAAAUAAACAAUACACUGCACACCUUUAAUUUACACUGUAUGAAUACAUAGAGGAACAAGGAGCAUGAAGGAAUUAUUGAUGCAUAACGCUUGCAAAUCUAAAAACCUGACCUUGUACCUACACCUAUCAUUGUAAAAUUGCUGAAUCAAAUAUAUGAUGCUCUUUGCAAAAUGAGAUGUCACCUGUUGCAAGAAUGCUUUUUUAUGUGUUUUGCAGUAGUGACAUUCUUAUCAGAAUUGGCCUGUCAAAAUUAUAAUGUGUGAAGUUUUAAUGCUGCUGAAUAAUGCUGAAUAAGGCUGUUUGUCAUGAGCAUGCUAAAGCCAUUGUGCAAUUUUAAAAGUAGAGCUUCAAAUUUUUACUCAUAAUUCAAGCUGUGAUUUGAAUAAUACUUAGAGGCAAGUUAAUAUUGUGAAAAUGGUGAUAGGGAAUUUAUAUCAUUUUUGAACAGUUAUAGACUUCUUUUUUUAGGCUGAGCAUUAAUUUCAGAAUUUCAGGUAUGCUGGAGUUGGGAGAAAAAAAACACUGAACUCUGUCAGUUAUGUACAGCGAACGUCUCUUUUGUGGCCAUCAGAAUUUCUGGUUUUCUCAGGAUCAUCUUGAAAGGGAUUUUUGCCUUUGGGUUUAAAGUCUUAAUUUGGAUGAGUAAGACACACACUUACGCACAUUUGUUAAUUUAUAAAUAGAUUGAAUGAUUAAGCAGCUAUAAUAAUAAUAAUAAUAAUAAUAAUAAUAAUAA